CUGUGAGAAGAGGGGUGCCACUUAUUGAGCCAAACUUUGUUCAAGAUGAUCCUGAUUGGUCCCUUGCAUACCCUGAGGCAACUGCUGCUGACAACAGCAUCUGGAAAAUUGUGUUCCAUCUCCCAGCAAAUAGAAAGACAACCAUGACUGUUGCUCAGGCCAUGACAAAUGGCUAUGGCAUAAACACUACACCAACUCGAAUUCUGGUUAGAGCUGCAUACAACUCCACAGAAAGCCAGCCUCAGGUGAUCCAAACUGUACCAAUGGCUGUGCUAAGAUCAACCACCUUUUAUAAGCAAAGAUGGAUGGUCAUGAUGGUGGACACUGCAGUUACAUGUCCUACUGAUGGAACAGCCUUCACAGAACAGAUGAUUACAUGGAAUGUUCCCCGUGUUCUACCUCCCCUUGUUCCGACGCCACAAAUUACUACCCUUGAUGUUCAAAUGGGAGUUGAUGGCCGCAAGCUUGACCCUGCAACGAUUCAUAAUAGAGAUUAUAAACUGGAUGUCGGUCCCCAGCUAAUCACUGUAAAAAUUCCUGUGGGAGCUGAUGGUGGAUAUUACAAGAGCCAUGUAGUGGACAACACCUAUGUGAUCUCUUACUCUAUUGAACCAAUGCUGGAGCAUACCUGGCAAGAUGGGCCUGAGAAGACCAAGUACACAGUACUUCAUCCAAUAACCACUCCUUUCAUGCCUCGGCCACCAGUUGUCACAAACAACACUGUUCCUAAAGCCAGAGUGUUCAAUGUGACCCUGGGGACAUUCCUGCCUGAUGUGGAGCUGGUCAAAAUUAUAGUUGGACCAGAGACGUUAACUGUGCCAGAAGCCAACCUAAAAGGUUAUAAUGUCCAGGAGCAUGUCUUUCCCAAUGGAUCCAAGACUUACACUCUCCAGGUGCCAUUUGAGGACCCCAAUGUGAAGCAAAAGGUAACUCCUCCAGACACCAGAACCUACAUUCUGCCCCUGACCUACUUGCUGAAUAUAGUGCCAGAGAAUACACCCUUUACUCAUCCUGCUGUAGUUGAAGCCAUUCUCAAAGACAUCAGUAAUCCAUUGCCCUGA